AUGAAUGAAUCAUUUAUACAAAAUAAUCAAUCAAUUUAUUCAAUAUCUAAUCAAUAUAUUAAUAUAUCCAAUGAUAAUCAAUUUAUUAUAGAAUGGAAUUUAACUAAUUUUUCCACAAAAAAUACAUCGCAACAAAUUUAUUAUUUUUUUAAUCAUUAUGUGAAUACUUUAUUAAAAAAUCCAUAUAAACGAGUAUUAUUAUCAUUGUAUAUAAUCAUAUUAAUAUUUGGUACAUUCAUUAAUUUAUUAUUAAUAUAUACAAUUAAAAAAUUACGUAAUCCAAAAUCUUUAGCUAAUAGACGAAUGUUAUUAAUACGUGUAUUAUGUGAUUUAGCAUUAGCAUGGUUUGGUGUACCAUAUACAGCUUAUACAGCUGUAUAUAAAAAUUGGUUAUUAGGCAAUAUUAUGUGUAAAAUUUCUGCAUUUCUUAUUUAUUUUAUUGUUGCAUUAAAUAAUUUUUUACUUGUUGCUAUAUGUUUAAAUCGUAGUGUAGGAAUAAGUCAAAAUGGUAAACAUUUAACUGAUCCAACAGUUAGUGUACCAUGUCGAGUAAAAUGUUUAUUAGUUGCAGCUGGAUUAUUAGCAUUGAUUAUAGCAUUUCCUGGUGGAAUUGUUAGUGAACAAGUACAAAUUAAAUUACCUGAAACAAUGAAAAUAUAUUUUGAUUUAAAUACAGAUAUAUCAGAAAUGAUACCUAUGAUAUGCAUGGAUUCCUGGUCUCGUGAAGCUCAGCUUGCGUAUGAUGUUAUUUUAAUAGUAGCAAUAUAUGUUUUACCACUGAUAGUUGUGUGUUUAAGUCAACAUGUCGUCACAGUUCAUUUGAAACAAUCACAAAGACUAUUAAUGCUUUCUGGAUAUCGUAAUACAACAGCAUGGACAAGAAGACGUCAGCGUCUAACAAGACUAUGCGUGUUAAUGGCAGCACUGUUUGUUUUAUCUUGGUCACCGAACCAUGUAUGUAAUCUGUUAACAAAAACAUUUCAUAUUAAUUAUCCAGUAACUGAAAUUUUACUUGAUUAUUCAAUGUGUUUAGCUAUGUCAAAUGCUGUAACAGGUCCGUUAUUAUUAAUUGCCACGUGCUCAAACUAUCAUCGUUAUAUAUUUCGCUUCUUCUAUCGAUCAUCGAUGACAAGCCACUCUACUACAAGUUAUUCAAUGCCAGUUAAUUCUAUACAUUCAUCAACUGGAAUAGGUUUACCAAUCGAAACAUUUCCAACUAUUCAUAAUCGUGUGCGCAAACAAAAACUAAAAAUCCCUGGGAAUUCACGUACAUUAGAAAUGAUUGGAAAUGAAUGUGAUUCUAAUUAACCAUUAAUAGCAAAAUCAAAAUCUUUUUAUUGUGAAUAUUUUUACUGUUUGUGAUCAAGAUGUCUGUUUUUGUCAUUAUAGACGUCCGUGAACAAACGGUAGUGAUACAAACAAAAACAAAGAAAUGAAAAAUAUAUCUGAAAACAUAUUCAUUGUUAUGUUAAAAUGAUUCUUUCAAUUUUUUUCAUUAACGAACUUUUGUGUCGUAUUCGAUGUCGUUUUUUGAUAUACCUUCAUGGAUAUAUAACAGAUAAUAAAUAUAUUUAUUUUCACAAUGGA